ACCACAAUACUGGUAAGUCGCUGAAUUGUUUAUCAAGUUAUCAACCAAUCAUCCAUGUAGAUGUAUUAGGUAAUAUUUGUAGGGAAAGACACAUACCAAUCAUAAAUGUGGUGUUCGCAAGGAUGAUUAGAGAUAAUCUACACAAAGAAUACAUGCAGUAUGGUUUAUAGAACAGCCAAAUUUGUUUGGAAUAGAAAGAAUACAAGCUAGUCAGGAUGGGGGCCCUGAUGUUUUUCAGUUAUGUUAAAUUAUUUUCCAAUCCAUAAGGCACCGGUUGAAAAGUCUCUUUGCAUUUGUUUAUCCUUCUCCACUGAAAACACACCCUGAAGGCAAGCCCUUUGUAUGUGCACAAGGGGACAAUUUUCCAGUUGUCAUCCAUUUGGUUGAGCACUCAAGACACAUGCACCCACUGGAGAAUCAGAUAAAAUCAUAUGAAUGUGAUAUUUGGAGAAGACAAUUCUCAAAAUUGUGUGUAUUUAAUAUGUACAAAAGUACACAUACUGGUGCAUAUGAAUGUGAAGUGUGCAAGAAACGAUUUUUAAGACUAUCAACUUUAGUAAAACACAAGAGAUGUCACCCUGAACUCUCCAAAUCAAGAUAUAUAUUACCAAAACCAUUAACUCCAUUGAUGAAAGAAACAGCUUUUUCAGAACCAAAACAUGUUUAUGUACCGAUAGAAAGUAAAGUUAGACUGUAUGAAUGUGAUAUUUGUAAGAGAAGGUUUUCCACCUCAGCUGCCUAUGGUGGUCAUAGGAAGGUACACUAUAAAAAGUACCAGUGCAAUGUUUGCAAUAAAGCAUUUUCAAAUUUAAGCGACUAUGCAGGACAUAAAAAGAGUCACCCAUUCAUUAAACGUAUUAGGAAGAUCUUACCAAAACCAUUAAAUGGAUCUGAAAAGUCGAUGAGACCACCUGAACAAGCCAACUUUUUCUCAACAGAUCAUGGUGAAAGUACGCCAGACCCAUUGGACAAUAGACAAUCCUUGACCCAAAUAGAUAAUGCUCUUGCUAAAAUGAGGUAUAUACUACCAAAACAAAGCCCUGUGCCCCAAAACAUAACACCAAAACCUGUUGAACAGUCCAUAAAUGGCAACUCAACAGUUCUGAUAUCAAAUAAUGCGGUGGAUAAUCAACCAACAGACAAGACCAAUCAUUGUGAUGUUUACCUGGCAAAAUUUUCUGACCUUCCUGCUUCGAAUGCCGACAAAAAAGUACACCCCAUCUUGUUUGAAUGCGAUGUGUGCGAAAAAAGCUUUUUGUUCUCGAGAAGUUUAGAAGUUCAUAAACUAGAACAUGUUGCUGAGCCUAAAUAUGAGUGUGAUGUGUGCAAGAAGACAUUUACGACGUCAACAACUUUGCAGAAACAUAGACGUGCCGAAUGCAAGCCAUAUGGAUGUAAUAUUUGCACAUCUAAAUUUCCGAAUAUAGAAAGUCAUAAAUUUCACUUGAUGCGUUAUCAUAGAGACGAAGCAAUAUGCAAAACUUGUGGAAAGGAACUGUCAGGAUCGCAAAUUUUGCAAGAAAAGGUUGGUGUCGGUGAUGGCGGUGAGGUGCUAUUAAAGUUUGCCCAUCCAAUACUGGACAAAAAUGGUAACGUUGUGUCCUAUCAGUGUAGUUUCUGCCAGGAAAUAGAAACGAGCGAUGAUACAUGGAGUGUCUGUUCUCUCUGUGGAUGUUGUUGUGGUAAUUUCAAAGAACUUCAGGAUCACAUGUGUCUCCACAAGAAUGAUGUUGAAAAAGAAGAAGUUGGAUAACUUAAGAAUAAGAAACUUGUUUAGCAAAAAAGUCUUAUUCGUAGUCAAAUCUCUUGUUUACGUUGACGUUUUUCUUUUGAGAAAAGUCGUCCUACAGUGGGAAGUAAAAACUUAGCUAGCACAUGCAAUUUUCCUCUAUGACUUAAUGUAUAUUUAUCAUAUAUCUCAGACUAGCAUGAUCUCGCACCUUUCGACGAAAUAAAUUCCUCUGGCUCUGCUUGCAAUAAUGUAUGUACCUGACUAAAUAAAAGAUUUGUUUUUAAAGGAGGUGAUCAACCUCUCUCUAAACGGUCGUUAACCGGUUUGUUUAACAACCUCGCAAGCCAGGCUCUUUUACCUACGCUCCACGGCCCACGCUGCGGCAAAGACCCUGGUCAAGGCUGGUCACGUGAUUCUUUUGUUACGCUUCUCCCGUGUGGGGAUGGGUGGGACACAAGUAGCGCAUAGAUCACAUUAGUUAAAACAGCGUGUUUCUAAGGACUGAAUAUUGAGCGCUGUUGUACCGCAAAGCGAAAUAACCUGUGUCGUUAUUGUUAUUUGACCUCUAAAUUUGCUCAUCAACGCCCAAAUUUAGAAGAUAGCGCAGGCCUUCGAGUGUCUGUAUUGAAUAUCAACUGAACUUGUGACGAUACUAAAACCGAUUCUAUCGACGAUGAUACAGUCUACACAUAGCACUUGAAUCUAAAUUCGGUUUAUUGCUCUUUUUAGUUUUUUGCUGCGCCACACUAGCUGUAUUUAUUUAGUUUAUUCAACUUUAUUGCGUGAACCGCUAUUUUUGGUUGCGUUAGUACAAAGUCAUCUGGAUUGUGACAAGUGCUAAAAAUAGCAGAAAUGGUAUAUCGACUUUGCCACUCCUCCCAUGGAUAUGAACUAAGCGCUAAUUAAAAACCUCCCAUUUUGGGAGGUCACAUGACCAGCCUUGACCAGG